UGGCAAUGUCAGUUGCUAGCUCAAAGCUGGUACAAAUCUGAGUAAAAUAAGUGAUUAUAUAUUAUUUCUUAUUUUAGAAAUUAAAUUAAAAAGAGUAAAGAAAGCUUGGUCUGUUUUUUGCAUAUUUUACGGUAGCAGUGGCGGUGGUUAAUCAUUCAAUGGCUCUCUUUCUGAUGCAGGCGUGGGUAUAAAUGCAGAACUUUUUCCGUUUACCCUUUCUUUUUCUCUUCAAAUACCCUUCUCUAAUCUCUCUUUCUCUCUCUACCUGUCCUCACCCUUUAUAUCUCAGUGUGUUUCAGAAGUCCUUCUGAUCUCUCUUCUCUUUGACGGUUUUUCAUACGGAGCAUAUAACUUGUAGCAGUGAAUGGUAGUUUCUGAGCAAAACAGGACAGUUUGAACAAAGCCCAAAUUCAACAAAGUUCCAGUAAAAGCUACAAUGGAGGAAAGAAUGCUAAAAGUACAAAGGAAUCUCAAGUGGGUAUCUUUCUCUUUCUACUUUUAGUUGGGCUUUCUCUGUUUCAGAGCUCUUCUGUAGCUCUGACUAGGGUUUCUGCAGGGGUUUUGAAUGCUGGGUUAUGAUCCUGAAAUCAAUGCUCUCUUUUCUUUUGUGGAUAUUUCGGGGACCUUUUCAGCUCUUCAAUUGAAGUGUCUAUGUUCUUUGGGGCUUCUGUUCUGUAAAUUUGGACCAAUUUGGACCAAUUUGUUCAGGACUCAUUGUUACCUUCGGAAAUAAUAGCAGUUUUACCUGUGUGUAUCCAAUACAUUUCAGCAUACAUAGUUUCCAGUUCAGGCUUUGAAGUGGACUUUUUCCUCCCUUUUAUUAUCUUCUCUUUCUUUGUUGCUUAAUCCGUCUUUGGGAAUCUUCCUAUCUGGUUUCAGAGAUAGACUGUGCGGUUUUAGGCAGAUCUCUGUAAAACAGUGAGCUUUUUUUUGAGUUGGUGUUAUUUCUGGUCCUUGUGGGAUUUGAUUUUUGAUUUCCUUGUUCUAAGUUGGAAGAUUUAUGAGUUUAUCUUGGGUUUUGAUCAGACUUUGAUCUUCUUCUAAGUAUCAUUGUGUAUAUGAAAGCCUGUUAGUCUUUGGCGAUUUUUUAAGUUCUUCUCUGUUCUAAGAGUGUUACAGGUGUUACAAAUUGCUUGUCUGUUUGAAGUUAGUUUUGGAUUAGGGGAAGAUAUUUUCCUUCUUUCUACCUUUUUUGUACUUGCUUGGGGUUGGGGGGUAUGGACUUGGGUGACCAGGAUAAAUUUGGCUUGGAGAAGAGGAGUGGGGAUUCAAUGAACUAUCAUUCAUCGAAUAUGUCUCCAGACUGGCGAUUUGGCGGUGCCAAUCUCACGAAUCAGCCAAUUGGGUUGGUUCCUACAGAUAACUCAUUUCCCGUUUGCAAAGGGGAUCUGAUGGGUUCCUCUGCUUGUUCAUCUAUGUCCAUGGGAGACUCAUUUUGCCCGAGUCUAUGGGACCACCCCAAUCCACCGAGCUUGAGCUUCUGCGACGGUAAUGUUCAGGCCAGUACGAGCACCGGUAAUGCAAUGGCGAUUAGGGAAGGGGUUCCUGGUUCCUCAAGAACUGGGAUUGACAAAGCACCAGAUAUCAGCUGGAAUCCCUCGAUGUCUAAAGCUGGUGUCUUUUUACAAGGAGGUGCUGGGAUCCUCCCUCAGAGCUUAUCUCAAUUUCCUGCUGAUUCUGCCUUCAUUGAGCGAGCUGCCAGGUUCUCAUGGUUCAGUGGUGGGAAUUUUGGUGACAUAGUGAAUCCUUUUGGUGUAUCUGAAUCCUUGAGUUCUUAUUCCAAAGGUGAAGGAACAGUUCAAGGGGCCCCAGAAGACCUCUCAGCUAAUGGUUUGAAACCUGUAAUAGGUGCCCAAGUUCAGAGCAAUGAGCUGAGUAUGCCUGAAGUUUCAAAAGAUGUUUCCCUGUCUGUUGAGCAUGGGGCACUUGAAGGGAGUCCAAACAAGAACAAUAGAAAGAUUGGGAGUUUUGGUAGGCCUCGUGAUGAAGCAAAACAAGGGAUUGGUGUUUCCAGCAGUGAGACUGACGAAGCUGAGUUUAGUGGUGGUGUUGUUCAGGAGGAUCCACCAUUGAUAGAGGGUGGUAGUGGAGAACCUUCUUCCUACAAGGGAAUAAGCAAUAGGAAAAGGAAAAAGAGUUUUCAGGAUACUGAGCUGGACCAAGUUAAAGGAUCUCAGCAAUUACGUGGUGAAGCUGCAAAGAACAGUGACACCAAACAGAAGAGUGACCAAAACCCAGCUUCUACUAGCCCAAAGCCUUCUGGGAAACAUGGGAAAGAUAGCUCUCAGGCUGCUGAUUCAUCGAAAGAAGAUUUUAUACAUGUUAGAGCUCGAAGAGGUCAGGCAACAAACAGUCACAGUCUUGCUGAAAGAGUAAGAAGGGAAAAGAUAAGUGAAAGGAUGAAGUUUCUUCAGGACCUCGUACCUGGUUGCAGCAAGGUUACGGGUAAGGCAGUGAUGUUGGAUGAAAUCAUUAACUAUGUGCAAUCACUGCAAAGACAAGUUGAGUUCUUGUCGAUGAAGCUUGCUGCCGUUAAUCCUCGUCUAGAGUUCAACAUAGAGGGGCUCCUUGCAAAAGAUAUUCUUCAGUCUCGAGGUCCUAUGAUGGGGUUUCCACCAGAUAUGAAUAUGUCUCAUCCCCAGCUACAUCCACCACCGUUGGGAUUGAUCCAAGCAGGAAUUCAUGGCAUGGGAAACCCCUCAGAUGCACUUAGGAGAACAAUUAAUUCACAAUUGACAGCCAUGAAUGGAGGGUACAAGGAACCUACCACUCAGCUACACAAUGAAUGGGAUGACGAGCUGCACAAUGUUGUCCAGAUGAGUUUUGGUACCAGCAGUCAGGAUUUAAAUGGUUCUCUGCCACCAGGACAUAUGAAAGUUGAACUUUGAUUAAUGGUAGCUUCAGCCACCUAGUAGUUAUCGGUGCUUCCUUCCUACAUGUCAAAAUUUCAAGCAGAUGAAAGUUCUGUCAAAUUCUUAAAAUCAUUAGGAUGCAAAAUAUAUACUAUCAUCUGUAUCUGUACCAAAAGAUCCAUUAGUAGCAAGUUAAUAUUGACUCUGGAACCUUAUCUAAAGGUUACACUUGUUGUAUAGCAGUAGGGAAAGCCACUCUACCCUAAAAGCUUCUUGGGUGUAUUAUAUGGCAAAAAUUAUGUCCUUAUUUCAGUUGUAACCAUGGGUGGUGCAAAAUCCUUUUGUAUAUGGUGGAGAUAAGAGUUGUCCAUUAUGGAGAGGGGAUUGAGGGGUUGGUUGAAUUUGCUGUAAAAUAAAUGUUCAGAAGCUUUCUGAGAGAUUUUGUGGAGUGGAAGGUCAAUGGGGUUGUUUCUUAUUGAAUUCGUUGUGAAUCUUGGGCUGAUGUUAGGAGACAAGGCUUGGUUUCCUGGUAUUGGAUUUGCAGUUGAAAUUAGUUGCAGAUGGAAAGUUGACGUAAGUUUUAUCAUAUAUUUACAAGUUUAAUUAUUAUUAUUAUUGUUA